GUAGUGUUUUCGGGCUGUCAUUUUAUUAGUUUGUUGUCCAAGAUUGUCAGUCUUCGCGAUGUUUGCUUAUCGUCCGAGUUCAGGAAUAUAACCUCUGGAGUUGCUCUCGGAGUUAACAAACAGAUAUCAGUAAAUAAAUUAUUGUGCGAAUUGAAUGUGCUGUGUGUAUUAAAUUAAGGCGGCAUAAUGUCGGCAGAACAAUCUGGCUCAAGUGGUACCUCAAACCCACCUUCAGCUUCUACUAUGACUAACGAAAUGCCGUCGGGACUUUCGGUUUCAACUUCAAGCGAAACACCAUCGACUUCAAUUUCAACCGAAACACCGUCAGCUUCGACAUCAAGUCAAAUACCUCUGUCUUCAAGUUCGAGCCAAUUACCCUCAAAUUUAACUUCAAAUAUUGCACCUGAAACUAGUAACCCAUCAACCUCAAAAAGUGCAGAAAAAAAAAUUGAUCCAAUGAAGUUAAAAAUUCUGUGCAUUCAUGGGCAUAGACAAAAUGGUGACAGAUUUAAAGCUAAAUUAGCCGCUUUUCGGAAAAUUGUUGAUAAGUAUGCAUACCUUUCAUAUGUAACUGCUCCACAUGCUGUUGCUGACACAACGGGUGGUGGUGAUCAAGAUCCCAGAACUUGGUGGUAUAAUACUGAAGACAACAAUUACAGCGGAAAGUGUCUUGGAGGGCCUGCUUAUGGAUUUGAAGAAACAUUGGAGGUAGUGAAAACGGGAGUAAGGGAGCAUGGACCAUUUGAUGGGUUAUUGGGCUUCUCACAAGGAGGCUGUCUUGUGGGUUUACUAGCUGCUAUGCAGCAGAAACGAUUGUUGCCGUACAGAUUCAGAUUCGUUAUCAUUAUAUCAGGCUACUUAUCUGGAAGUCUUGUUCACAAGGGCUUCUAUGAACAUAAUCUUAUUACCAUACCAUCUCUACAUGUUUAUGGAGAAACUGACUCCAUGAUACCCAAAGAAAUGAGUGAAACCCUUGCAAACAAAUUCAAUGACCCUGUAACUUUUGAGCAUCCCAAUGGCCAUUAUGUUCCGGUCUCAGGGCCAGUUAAAGCAGUCUAUGAAGACUUUCUUGCUGACAUGUAUCAGCAAAGGCUAAUAUACAGACAAGAAGUUGAGCGGACAGCAGAAUAGCCAUCUCUCUUUGAAGCUCAUCCCAUGCUUACCAGCCUUUUGUUGGCAGAUAGUGAGCUGCCAGAUUUACCCAUUUUUGCACUAACCCCUAGCUAUCAGCUGCAUCCACCUCCAUUUCCAAAUCCAAACCCAAAUCUAAACCCAAAUCUAAACCCAAACCUAAAUCCAAACCCAAAUCUAAACCCAAACUUAAACCCAAAUCCAAACCCAAAUCUAAACCCAAAUCUAAACCCAAAUCUAAACCCAAAUCUAAACCCAAAUCUAAACCCAAACCUAAACCCAAAUCUAAACCCAAACCUAAACCCAAAUCCAAACCCAAACCCAUAAACCUCAUUGCCUUGUUUUUAUGGGGAAUUGAGUAAUAUUGUAUAGUGUAGCGAUGUUGUGUGCAGGAACACUAACCCUGAUGCACCGUCUAUUAUGACGUCGAUGGUCAGGAGGGGGAAAUGUAAAUAUGCGGCUGCAGGAUGACCUAUCAAAGAGUGGAAUGCUUUUUUCUACAGAAUAAAAUUGCCUAAAUGGACAACAUAUGACAAUGUCGGUUUAUGGCAGCAGUGAUGCAUGUGUUCUAUAUUAUUAUGUAAUUAAUUAAUUAUUAUUCAAAUAAAAUGUAUAACUGCUAACCU